AUGCUCAACAUCCUUCUGUCAUCGUUGCAGUCAACGAACAUGAGCAAACGUCGCAAAGCCACCGCUGUGCCUCAUUUAUCAGCGGCGGGUGCUACCUUGGAGGCCUUUCACCAGGCGUUUGCGGCGCAGCAGCUGGUUUUUGUGCAGCAGGAUGCUUCCAGACGUUUCGGUGUUGCUGGAAGGCAGAUUGGUCUUUCAACACUCCGGCGGAUAUUCACUGCGUAUCCUGCAGUUGUGCGCAGGGCCUUCAGUCUGGAGUGUCGUGGCUCCCUUCCGGCGCAUGAGGAUCCUCUGGUGCAGCUGCUGGCGGCCAAAGCUCCAGAAGGCUCGUGGUAUGCGUCCUGCGUGUUGCAGCGCCACCGACAGGCGCUGGCGGAGUUCCUCUCCCAAACUUUACCAGCAGGGGCUCCUGGCUUCUUGCUGAGGUCUACGAAGAGCAAGGCGAAUGCUGUGAGGGUGACAUCUACAACACCAACGCUUGUGCCAGAGGUUAAUUUCUUGAGAAAAGGAUUUCGGGUUCCCAAUCUUUGA